AUGGAUCCAAGAUUGAUCGCAGCCACUCAAAUCGGAAGCAUCGAUGAAUUGUAUGCUCAUAUACAUGAGAAUCCAUACAUUCUUGAAGCCAUUGAUGCAAUACCUUUCAUCAACACUCCUCUUCAUGCAGCUUCUGUUUCUGGGAACCUUGCUUUUGCCAUGGAGAUGAUGAAUCUUAAGCCAUCUUUUGCUAGAAAACUUAACACAUGUGGGUUAAGUCCAUUACAUCUUGCUAUAGAAGAAGGUCAAACACGGUUAGUUCUAAGUUUGCUCAAGGUUGAUCCUGACCUUGUUCGCCUUCGAGGAAGAGAAGGUACAACGCCGUUUCAUCUAGUGGUGAAAAGAGGAGAGACUGAUCUUAUGACAGAGUUCCUCUUAGCUUGUCCUAGUUGCAUUAGAGAUGCAAACGUGAGCGGUGAAACCGCUCUACACAUGGCAGUUUUGAACGAUAGAUAUGAAGAGCUUGAAGUACUCUUGGGAUGGGUUCAAAGAUUGCGUCAAUCCGAUGCCGAAUCGCUAGAGAUGCAAUUUUUAAACAGACGUGAUCGAGACGGUAACACAGCCUUACACAUAGCAGCUUAUCAGAACAGAUUCAAGGCAGUAAAGCUGUUGGUAAAAUGUUCUGCGGUUAACCAGAACAUCCUUAAUCAUAUUGGUUUAACCGCCUUAGAUGUCUUACAUAACCAGAGAGAACAUCAUACGAACAUAAAUAUCGAAAAGCUAGUUCGAAAAUCAGGAGGUACGAGCGGAAACUCUCUACCGAAAUCCAAGAAAGUGUUCGAAAUCUUGAGAUCGCCGAUCAGUUUCAUGGAGCAUUUGUUCACGCAGGCAGCGCGGUAUAGGAACCAGAUACCAGAAGGAUCAAGAAGCGCGCUUCUAGUGAUAGCCGCAUUUAUAAUUACAACUACUUAUCAAACAGCUUUGCAGCCACCAGGAGGUGUAUACCAAGAGGGAAGUAGUAGUAAGAAGAGUGCUGGUACUGUGGUAAUGAACAAGAUCUAUUUCAAUGUUCUUCGGAGUGUGAAUAGUAUGGCUUUCGUUGGAGCGAUUUUCACGACGUUUUGUUUGUUACCAGCUGGUGAAGGCUAUCUAUGGGGGUUUCUGUGGAUAUCAGUUCCAUUGUAUGUUUCUUAUUUGGUUUCGAUGUCAGUUAUAUCUCCAGAUACAACGUGGUACUUCUCGAUUAGCGCGGGUUGGGUUAUAAUCAUGGCCAUUGUUUACAUGGUUGUGUUUUUCCGGCGGUGGAAGCGGUCUAAGAAGAAGGUACCUGGAACCAGUAGUGAGUUGAUUCUUGAAGGAUUGACAACUCUGGAUUUAGCUAAAGGAAUGGAGUAG